UGCCGACGAUGUGACCUCUGACCUGGAGGUCAUGUAAUGUGGCGGCAGUUUGAAACUGAAAGUGGGUCCGUCAUCAGGCCUGGUGGCUACCUCAGAGUAGAAUAUGGCACCCCUGAAGGUCGGCAUGUGUGCAGCACUAACCGUGGAAGUACUGAAUUCCCUACAGAAUGCUGGUGUCAGAACAGUGUCAGAGUUUGUCUGCACAGAUCUAGAGCUGAUGAUGACACGGUGCUGUGUUUCAUACAAGGACCUGGUGGCCAUCCGUAAGGUUCUCUUGGUGCAGUACUCAGCAUUCCCAGUAGGAGGCACCAGCUGGUAUGAAGAGAUUCUGUCCACUACAGCAAUCCUCAGUACAGGAAACUCCAGACUUGAUGAUAUGCUGGAUGGUGGAAUCUACACAGGUGCAUUGACUGAAGUCAUUGGAGCUUCAGGAAGUGGCAAGACACAGAUCUGCAUGAGUGUAGCUGUCCAUGUUGCCUCCAGUCUUCAGCAGAAUGUCCUGUAUAUGGAUACCGCUGGGGCCUGCAGUGGGCACAAGUUACAGGACAUCCUACACAACUCUGCAGGGGAGAGGGAGAGUACAGCAUUGUCCAGAAUAGGCUUCAGAAGAAUAUUUGACCCUUGGCAACUUCUUGAUUUGCUGCAGAAAACAAAGGCUGCUAUUAGCAAACAGACUGACCCUUUCUACUCCAAGUUGAAGCUGCUGAUUGUGGACUCUGUUGCAGCUGUUCUUUCUCCUACACUUGGAGGUCAGCAGACAGAAGGUCACGCAAUCAUGUUGAAUAUUUCCAGACAGCUAAAAGUCUUGUCCAGUGAGCAUUCUAUUGCUGUUCUUAUGACAAAUAAUGUUGUCCAUGGUGAGUUGGGUGAGCCGUGGCCUGGCCUGGGUCGCUCCUGGCAGCACAUCCCCAACACCAGGCUGUUGGUACAGGGAACAGGCACUACGGGAAGCCAGGAGAGACAGAUACUGGUGCUGAAAACACCCCGAUUGCCAAGGUGCCUGUCUACAACACUGACGUUGUCAGCUGCAGGAAUUCUAGAUCUCCACACCCACACAAGCCAAGAAAUGCAGGGACAGUUGGAAGCAUCAGAAAGGAAUUAAUAGUUACUUCCUUUCCGAUUCUUUAUGAUCAGUUGAGUAGUUCUUAAGUCGCAAAGCAUCUGAAAUUCUGAUACUCCACAUGAUUCCAUACAAAUCCAAAAAACAAGAUUUCAAAGAUUUCAUGGUGUCAUGAAAUAGUGUCAUGUUUUGUUGUAAUUUAUUAAUGAUACAAAUAAGGUUGCACUACUAAGAAACAUAUAACGUUAAUCCUUACAGAAUUCAGACGAUCCACUACUAAGGCUAUGAUCCUUAUGAAAAUCAUAGGAUACACCACAAAGAAACAUAGGAUCCUUGCUGAUUUCUUGGGCUAUAUGAGAUUAGUAAGGAUGUUUUCCGUAAGGAUUAAACGUUUCUUAGAAGUGGAUCGUAUGUUGGGCACCCUGAACAAUGUACCAAUGUAUACAUGAUCUUUGCAUAGUAAUGUUCACCUUAUCAUUCUCCCACACAGAACUGUAUGGCAGUUCAUACAAUUGCAAUGUAUUUGACUGAAACGCAGAGCCACUAUAGUCCCUCUUGGUCCCGACUCUGCUUUUUCAGGCCCAGUUUUCAGCUCUUGCAGAACUGAUGUGGUCACAGAAUUGCUUAAUAAUAAAUGUUAUCUUUGACUUUGAGUAAAGCAGAUUUGCUUAUACCAAGUAACGCAAAUUCACUGAUAUUCCUAGCCAAGAUCUGUGGACAGCAUACACAGUAUUUGAUCAAAGAGGUUUAACAGUCCUUACUGUGUCAAACUUGUUUAUCAGCUACCAAAUUUGAGAUCUAUGGGUAGAGGCAAUUGUAGCAUCACUGAAUCCUGACUGAAAACCAUCAUGAAUUCGAAAA